AUGGACUGGUUCCACUGUAACAGCUGCUUCCGAAGAGAGGGCCAGAACUUUGCUGUCUCCAGCUGUGGUCACAUCUGCUGUGAAGGGUGUAUCAACCCUAGUAAAAGUAUGACAGUUCUCAUUUCCCUGUCUCCCGCCCACACCCAUCCUAUGGUCCCGGAUCUGUGCUUACUAUUUCAUACUGUUGUGUUGUUGUCUCGAAAUGUUGCCCUUUCUUUUCCCUCAGAACAAUGCACUGUGUGUGGAGCCAGCUGCAAUUACCUGGCCAUCUCAGAUCAGGUUGGUGUGUUAUUAAUUAUUUCAAUUCAAUGACUGUCACUGAUUCAUCAACAGCAACAUGUAGCCUACCUGUUAAAUCAAGUGUAUACUUAUAACAUUUUCUUCUCCCUACCUCACUCUUCCUGUAUUGGCAGAUGAAGCCUCAGGAGCAGGUGUUCUUCAAAGACCCUGUGAAGCUCAUUCAGUCUCGUCUGGAGCACAUAGCACAGGUUCAACUCUGUUUUUCAUUUUGUGUUAGGUGUAUUUGAUAUAAAAGGGCAAAAGCAGUGUGAAAGUUUCACGCAAAUGUUUAUUACGUGCCUACUAGCUCAGCACCUAUUUGUACAAUUAUAUCUCUGCCUGUCAGAUUACUCUAUUCCAGCGAAGGCAGAAGGAAAGGGUCAUUGUCUACUUUAAAAACAAAUCUAUGGAGCUGGAGAGGAGACUGAAGGAUGUCACAGAUCAGUGUUACAGGUUCAGUAAAACAACUGAUAGUAUGUUACUAUUCUUCUUCUUCUGUCUUACUUCAAUCUAUUACAGUGACAUUUCUUUCUCUCACAUAACCUUUAUGCAGGCAAGUUUUAGAGCUGAAAAGAGAGAAUGCUGAGUUGAAGAAACCUCUCUCUCAGAGGAGGGUAAGAUUUUCAGUGUGUCUAGCACCGAAUGUCUUUGAGCAUUGGCAAAAACUGUCUUUUGAAUUUGAUUAAUCAAGUACGCUAUUGCUGUCACAAUAGUCAUUUUAGACUUUCCUCUCUUUUCACAGGCAUCACCUGGACACUUUCAAACAAAUGGGUAUAAGUCUCUACUAUUUAUCACAUCUGAGAAAAAUAUUUUCAAUAUGCUGUCCUUAUCUCAUAAGCUGAAAGUGUUUACUGACAACUGAUGUUUCCGUAGCAGUGCCCAAAGGAUGUCUCUCCCAGUGGCUGUUACCUCCCCAGGUAAAGAUGAACGCUGAUGGGUUGUGGUCAGAGGCAUUUCAGAGAUCUUAACAUUUACAUUUACAUUUUCGUCAUUUAGCAGACGCUCUUAUCCAGAGCGACUUACAAAUUGGUGCAUUUUUUAUUUAUUAACAUGACAAUACCAUUUAAAUGUAUCCGCAAUAGGAGAAAUUCCAUUCCAUUUUAAACCUCAGAUGAGCAAUGGUGUGUAACUUUCCUUAUCUGUCCUUACAGUCACCCCUCGCUCACGUCCUGUUAGGUAGGAGAUAUAUGAAUGUGGUUGCACAGACAGGCAUGUAUGCGUACACACAUCAUACUGACUGUCUUUCACAACAGUCUUUCAAACACAAUGUCCUAUAUUGUCUAAAUGUAUUCAAUUCAGAGAUAUUUUCACCUGUCAAUAAUUGUAUUUCAGCCACCAAGGCUUUGCUGAAACCCAGGAGAGGUUCAGAGAUAGAAACCCUAGGCUCACCCUCGCAGUGAGUUUGCGUUCCUUCUUUGCUAUAGCAUGUUUCAUAUCCCUUCUCUGUCUUAACUGUAGCAGACUGAGUAACUCUUUCCUCCAGUAAGUGUAUUUUCUUAUGGUCUCUGUUUCUCUCCUGCUCCCGCUCUCAGACUCCGCCUGGUUCUGCCACAUCAAUCUCCAGCCUGAGCUCUCUGCACGAGCGUGGUGGCUUCAGUGAGUGGCACACAACAGAUUCACUUGAUCUAAUGAAAAAAAUGAUUGGCGUAUUUUCAUGCCAAACAUUUUUGAAAGACGUCACAAAUAUAUCAACAAUCCACAAACAGAUGGUAAAAGAUUGGCAUAGAAUUGUCUUAGCAUACCAUGGUAGUUCAUUCAAGCAACACAACUAUUUUUCUGUAAAUCACUUUGAACAUCAAACUGAAAUGUUUUUUUUUUUUUCUCUCCUGUCAUAGGGACUCCCACCAUUAUUAGCACUCCCACCCGGUAAGAAUUGAUGAAUAUCAGUUGAUUUCCAUGGUGCAUCAUUGAAAGUAGUGGAAAGGGUAGAUUUACAUUAGUAAAAUGUGUAUUAAGAUCUCUCUUCAACAUCAGAUUUCCUGCUUCAUGCAUGUGUGUGCACCUAUUAGCAUACCGUAAAUACCAUAGUAUAUAGAAAAACAAUAAGGAACUCACAUCAAACUAUACAGGAGCUUCUCAUCUAAACCAGUAUGUUGCACUCUUGGUUAAUGCAAUGAAUCACAAAUGUGUUAAUUUUUUAAGCCUUUAAUUUUCAAUUUGGUUAAGAGGAAAAAUGCUGUCUACUGGUAUUAAGGUAAUUCUUGCAGGGACAUGUAGAGUGGGAGAUUCCCAUUUGGACAGACAGUCCUCUCCUCGAUCCUCCGUCCUCGCUCCUCCAUGACCCGGAAACUGAUAAUUGGUUGAGUGUCAAUUACACUGAACAAAAAUAUAAAAUCAACAUGUAAAAAGUGUUGGUCCCAUGUUUCCUGAGCUGCAAAAAGCUUAUUUCUCUCAAAUGUUGUGCACAAAUUUGUUUACAUCCCUGUUAAUGAGCAUUUCUACUUUGCCAAGAUAAUCCAUCCACCGGACAGGUGUGGCAUAUCAAGAAGCUGAUUAAACAGCAUGAUCAUUACACAGUGCCGGGAACAAAAAAAGGCCAUUCUAAAAUAUGCAGUUUUGUCACACAAUGCCACAGAUGUCUGAAGUUGAUGGAGCGUGCCAUUGCCAUGCUGACUGCAGGAAUGUCCACCAGAGCUGGUGCCAGAGAAUUGAAUGGUAAUUUCUCUACCAUAAGCCGCCUCCGUUGUCGUUUUAGAGAAUUUGGCAGUACGUCCAACCAGCAUCACAACCGCAGACCACGUGUAACUACGCCAGCCCAGGACCUCCAUAUCCGGCUUCUUCACCUGCGUGAUCGUCUGAGACCAGCCACCCGGGCAGCUGAUGAAACUGUGGGUUUGCGCAACAGAAGAGCUUCUGCACAAACUGUCAGAAACGUCUCGGGAAGCUCAUCUGCGUGCUCGUCGUCCUCACCAGGGUCUCGACCUGACUGCAGUUCGGCGUCGAAACCGACUUCAGUGGGCAAAUGCUCACCUUCGAUGGACACUGGCACGCUGGAGAAAUGUGCUCUUUGCGGAUUAAUCCCAGUUUCAACUGUACCGUGACAAGAUCCUGAGGCCCAUUGUCGUGCCAUUCAUCUGCCGCCAUCACCUCAUGUUUCAGCAUGAUAAUGCACUGCCCCAUGUUGCAAGGAUAUGUACACAAUUCCUGGGUGCUGAAAAUGUCCCAGUUCUUCCAUGGCCUGCAUACUCACUAGACAUGUCACCCAUUGAGCAUGUUUGGGAUGCUCUGGAUCGACGCAUACGACAGCGUGUUCCAGUUUCAGCAACUUCGCACGGCUAUUGAAGAGUGGGAGAAAAUUCAAAAGGGCCCAAUCAACAGCCUUAUCAACUCUAUGCACAGGAGAUGUCGCGCUGUAUGAGGCAAAUGGUGGUCACACUAGAUACUGACUGGUUUUCUGAUCCGCGCCCCUACUUUAAAAAAAAAGUGAUCUGUGACCAACAGAUGCUUAUCAGUAUUCCCAGUCAUGUGAAAACCAUAGAUUAGGGCCUGAUUUAUUUAAAUUGACUGAUUUCCUUAUAUGAACUGUAACUCAGUAAAAUAUUUGAAAUUGUUGCAUGUUGCAUUUAUAUUUUUGUUCAGUAUAAUUAGUAAGCGAAUGGAGGAGUGUCCUCGCCUCCUCAGAUCUAGGAAGCACGAAUACCCUACCUGAAUCCUUGGCGGAAAAGUUGAGAUUCACCACACCCCCUUUGAAUCAGCUGACGUUUACUCUGAAAAAAAGCAUUUGAAAACGAUAUGCUACUUAUCCUUUUAUCUAUAAAUAUGCCUAGCUAAAUUUAUUGUUUACUAGAGGACAGAGGAGUUGAGCCAACCAAACAGAGAUCUGAAUCUAGAUCUGUCUCUUAACACUACAAAGGUAUCGUUCCUGGGACUAAUAUGUGUCGUCAAAGUAGUUUAGUGUAAAGAGGCCCAAAGCUAAAUGAGCAGACCUCUCUCUCCAAAUCUCAGGUCUGAGAAUCUGACUCCUAACAUUUUCCAGUUCUUGACUGGGUCAUCACUGCACUCGCCAAGGACUUUCAGAAAUGGCCAGUAA